AUGAAUUCACUCACCGGUUUUCCUCUACUGCUCGAACAAUUUAAGGCUCUGUUCAUCAAGAACCUCCUCCUCGCAUGGCGGAACAAGACCGCCACCUUUCUCCAGCUCUUCUCUUCCCUCUUCUUCAUCCUCCUCAUCUUCUGCUUCCAGAAGGCCGACGACAUUCAGACCAGGUCUUCCUCCGCCUACCAGAGCGUCACGGAUCCUCAGCCGCUCGUUGCGCAGCCGAUCCCGCCCUGCGAGGACAAGUUCUCUAUCAAAAAGCCGUGUUAUGAUUUCGUGUGGAGUGGAGAUCAGAGCUCUAGCAGGAUUCGGAGCAUUGUCAGUGCUAUAAUGGCUAACAAUCCCAACAGGCCAAUUCCCGCAAGCAAGGUCAAAUCGUUUAGAACCCCAGCUGAAGUGGAUGAAUGGCUGUAUAACAAUCCUUUGUACUGCCCAGGAGCUUUGCAUUUUGUGGAAAGAAACGCCACUGUGAUUAGCUAUGGCCUGCAGACUAAUUCUACUUCUGUUAAAAAACGAGGGCAAACUGAGAAUCCCACAUUCAAGUUUCAAAUUCCACUUCAGAUUGCUGCCGAGCGUGAGAUAGCUAGGUCUCUAAUUGGAGAUUCGAAACUUAGCUGGGUUGUUGCAUUCAAGGAAUUUGCACAUCCUGCAAUGAUGAAGCCGCCUUCUGCAAUGAAUGACAUAGGACCACGGUUUUUUUUCGCUGCUGCCAUGUUUGGUUUUGUGUUUCAAAUGACUUCCUUGGUCACAGAGAAAGAACUUAAGCUGCGGCAGGCGAUGACAAUGAUGGGCCUUUAUGAUAGUGCAUACUGGCUCUCUUGGCUCGCAUGGGAGGGACUGAUUACACUACUCUCAUCUCUUUUCACAGUUCUCUUUGGAAUGAUUUUUCAGUUUAGUUUUUUCUUGCACAACAGCUUUGCAGUCGUAUUCCUUGUCUUCUAUCUUUUCCAACUCAAUAUGAUUGGUUUUGCCUUUAUGUUAUCGGCCUUCAUAAAAAAGUCAUCUUCAACCACAACUGUCGGUUUCUCCAUCUAUACUGUUGGCUAUGUAGCUGCAGACAGCAUCUACUCUAAAGAAGUCUCUAGGACUAAGCGAAACUUGUGGUCUCUAUUCUCACCCAGUCUUCUUUCUCAAGCUCUAUCUAUACUCAAUGAGGCAACAUCCACAUCUAAAAAGACUGGGAUUAGCUGGAGUAGAACGGCAAACUGUAAACCAGGAGAUGAAGAUUGUGUUAUGACAAUUAAUGACAUAUAUGUAUGGCUGACGGCUACAUUCUUCCUCUGGUUGGUAUUGGCUAUCUACUUCGAUAAUAUCAUCCCAAAUGUAUCUGGUGUGAGAAAAUCAGUGUUUUACUUUUUGAAGCCAGGAUACUGGACAGGGAAAAGUGGAAACAAAGUAGAAGAGGGUGGCAUUUGUAGUUGGAUAGGUUCAAUUCCACCACCUGAGCAUAUUACUCCAGAUGAUGAAGAUGUCCUGGAAGAGGAGAACAUUGUUAAAGAGCAAGCUAAGGAAGGCACAGUUGGUCCAAACCUUGCAGUUCAGAUACGUGGCCUUGUAAAAACAUAUCCUGGCCAAAGACAUGGUUGCUGUCGUUCCAAGAGGACUCCACCAUACCAUGCUCUCAAGGGUUUAUGGGUCAACUUUGCAAAGGAUCAGUUGUUUUGUCUACUUGGACCCAAUGGAGCUGGGAAAACCACAGCAAUAAACUGUUUAACUGGCAUUACACCAGUGACUGGAGGAGAUGCCUUGAUCUAUGGACAUUCUGCCCGAAGUUCUGUUGGCAUGGCAAACAUUCAAAAAAUGAUUGGAGUUUGUCCACAGUUUGAUAUUCUUUGGGAUGCAAUGUCCGGGCAAGAGCAUCUCCACAUCUUCGCUAGUAUCAAAGGCCUACCUCCAGCAUCAAUAAAAUUGGCUACUAUGAAGUCACUGGAAGAGGUGAAACUUACUGAUGCAGCCAAAAUGAGAGCUGGUAGUUACAGUGGAGGAAUGAAGCGUCGCCUGAGUGUUGCAAUAGCCCUCAUUGGUGAUCCGAAGUUAGUUAUCCUAGAUGAACCGACAACCGGUAUGGAUCCAAUAUCUAGAAGGCAUGUAUGGGACAUCAUAGAGGAUGCAAAGAAGGGUCGCGCAAUUGUCCUCACCACUCACUCAAUGGAAGAAGCUGACAUUUUAGGUGACAGAAUAGGAAUCAUGGCAAAGGGUAGGCUGCGCUGUAUUGGAACUUCAAUCAGACUGAAGUCACGAUUUGGGACUGGUUUUGUUGCUAAUGUGAGAUUCAAAGAAAGCACAAAUGGACAAGGGCCUCCAUCUCCAAAUGAGGAUGAAGUUGCAACGUCUCAGCAUGAAGCUGUGAAGCAGUUGUUUAAAUAUCGUUUGGAUGUUUCACCAAAAGAAGAGACCAAAGCAUAUCUCACUUUUGUGAUUCCUCAUAAUAGAGAGGAAAUUUUGUCGAAUUUUUUCGCGGAACUGCAAGAUCGAGAAGAUGAAUUUGGCAUAGCAGACAUCCAACUUGGACUUGCAACUCUUGAAGAAGUUUUCCUAAACAUAGCAAGGCAAGCAGAGCUGGAGAGUGCCACAGCUGAGCGGAGAAUGGUUACUCUCACAUUAACAUCUGGAGUCUUGGUUCAGAUACCUAUAGGAGCUAGGUUUGUUGGGAUCCCAGGAACAGAGUCUCCUGAGAAUCCAAAUGGGCUAAUGGUAGAAGUUUUCUGGGAGCAAGAUGAUUCUGGAGCACUCUGCAUAUCUGGUCACUCGUCUGAAACCCCAAUACCUCCUAAUAUCGCAGUUGAACUACUACCAACUUCAACUUCGCGCCGAAAUUCGCUUGGCCGAUCCAAACCAGUGAAUGGUAUUCUUCUUGACUCUGACCAAAUUACUCAAUCUUUAGGACCAAAUGGCCAUAGGCAAAGGACCUGAUACAUUUCCUUGUAAUUAACAACUAGUUGCCUGUGAGAUUAUGUUCCGCUCCGAGACCCAAAAUUGGGUUUAUCGUUGAGAUUCUUUCUAGUUUCAUCUGAUGCAAAUUUUUCACUAACAGGCAGUGACGUUUCAUUUGA